CAUCAUCGCUUUUCAUCUGCGGAUGCGAUUUGCAGCAGAUUUUGCGUGUGCGAAGAGAGGUUUUUCUAUUUUCAAGUGAAAAAUUGAAAAAUCAAUUGGCGUCUGGAAAAUAUCGUAUCGCGUUUAUAGUGUUAUUUGUUGCUCGUUACUUUGAUAGAUGUAAAAGUUUGAUCUGACCCUGUUGUUAACCCAAAAAAAGAUUGAUUAUUGUUCUGGUUGUCCAAAAAAGUGAGCUGAUUGUUGAUUCGGCAGUAAACUGGUGACGAUUUUGGAAAGUGAUGGCCGAUCAAACCGAACUGCGUAUGAAUUUAGUUGCCAUUCAACGUUCAGAUCCGUAUGCAAAAGAUAUUGUAAAUUCAUCGGCACACGUUGCAUUCUACACAUUCAACACCGCUGAGAACGAGUGGGAGAAGACGGACAUCGAGGGAGCCCUGUUCAUCUACAGCCGAACCGCGGAGCCCUACCACAGCAUAUUCAUAAACAAUCGUCUGAAUACAAACUCUCUGGUGGAACCAAUCACCGGCCAGAUCGAGCUACAGUCGCAGCCGCCGUUUUUGCUGUACCGUAACGAACGAUCGCGCAUUCGAGGGUUCUGGUUCUACAACAAUUCCGAGUGUGACCGAAUCCGUGAGGUGAUCGGCAAGUUUGUGGACAUUUGUAACAAUUCCGGAAGCAAGAAAAAAACUGAUAUGGGGAAAACGCAAGCAAAUGGAAAUGGAGCGGGUAACAACGUGGAUAUUUUCUCGAUGUUGACGAAAGCCCAGGAAGACUUCAACAAUAGUACCGGGAAACCAACGAUUGCAGUUGCCCAGCAGGAGCCGCCGGUACCGAGCCGAAACCCGUCUGCGGCUAUCAACAUUGUUCCUGAUGCACCGCAAAGUGUGGUCAACUUUUUCGCCGCAGCAAAACAGCCAGCGGCCUCGGAAGUACCACUAUUUCAAACUUUAAUGACGAAUCCGGUGCAUACACUAGAGCAGAUCGAGAAGCAACAUCGUGCCACGACGCCUCAGAAGGAGGCUACCGCCACAGGCAAGCUGACGCCGGAAGUCAGUGAGCUAGAAAAUAGCUUCAAACUGAUGGGUAUUCCUAUAAAUGCAGGAUCUGCGCCUGUUCAAGAGCUUGGAAGUUCCCCAUUAGCCACUUUCCUUAGCUCAACCAACUUGGCCGCAGUUCGGAACAACAAUCAACCAAUUCCGAAAACUAAACCAAUCGAAAUAAGUGAACUAGAAUCCCGACAUCAGCAGCAACAGCCGUUGCACGAGUUGUUGAAAAAAUCCGACCUAAUGAGCAACAACUCUCUAAACAAUUCUGCUUCGGUGUUGAACCCACCGACAAAUGUCAUUGGCGGAAGUGGAACUAAGCCAGCACUCAUGCCCCCAACCAUGUUUGCAUCCAGCUCGAGCAGUGCCGCCAAAGGGUUGUCUGAUUUGUUCGCUAGUGCGGCGAACAAAAAGCAUCCGGAUCACCCCAAUGGAGGAGGCAGUCAGCCAGCUUCGGUCGCAGAUUUGCUCUCCAAAGCAAACAACAAUCAUCACCCUCCGCCGGGAUUUUUCCCGAUGGUGGGAACCGUUGAACCACUGACCCAGGCACAGCUCAUUCAGGCCAUCAGUUAUCUCAUCAAGCACGAUACGGACUUUGUUCGGAAGCUGCACGAAGCUUAUUUAAAGUCGUUGCAGGAAAUGAUGGCAUUAUAACGUGUGCGCGAGCAACAGGAAUGCGAACCGCGUCACGAGCGAGUUAUGAAGGAGACAAAGACUACUUAGAGGGCAAAAUGUUUGUUCUGCGAGAUUAGAUCUUUUUUUAAGCAGAGAAUGACGAAUUGAGGAUAGAUUCUGUUUUAUAUCAUUACUGUUUAUGGCAUAUUUUCCUCUUUCUUUUAAGAAAUACAUUGUACCGUUCUGUUAUUGACUUCGUACUUCCCGCCCACAGCAAAUUGCAUAGAUAGAAUACACGUUGCUCUAAGUAAAGCAAGUACAGAAA